AUGGCGUGGUUUAGAGCUGGUUCUAGCAUAGCAAAGCUUGCAAUUAGGAGGAGUCUAUCUCAGGGUGGUUCAUACACUGCCAGAACACGGGUGAAUCCUGCUCAAAGUCGGUAUUUCCAUACCACGGUCUUCAGGCCAAAGGCACAGUCUGCACCCGUACCCCGGCCUGUCCCUCUCUCUAAGCUCACUGAUAGCUUCUUAGAUGGAACCAGUAGUGUAUACUUAGAGGAGCUUCAACGUGCAUGGGAAGCUGAUCCUAGUAGUGUGGACGAGUCAUGGGACAACUUUUUCAGGAACUUUGUUGGUCAGGCUGCUACAUCUCCUGGCAUUUCAGGUCAAACUAUUCAGGAGAGUAUGCGGCUAUUGCUUCUGGUUAGGGCAUAUCAGGUUAACGGCCACAUGAAAGCUAAGCUGGACCCAUUGGCCAUGGAAGAAAGAGAGGUACCUGAUGAUCUAAACCCGGCUCUUUAUGGAUUCUCAGAAGCAGAUCUUGAUAGAGAGUUUUUCUUAGGAGUUUGGAGGAUGGCUGGGUUUUUGUCAGAGAACCGGCCUGUGCAGACCCUUAGGUCCAUAUUGACCAGGCUCGAGCAAGCUUAUUGUGGGAGUAUUGGAUUUGAAUACAUGCAUAUUGCUGAUCGUGAGAAAUGUAACUGGUUAAGGGACAAGAUUGAAACUCCUACACCGAUGCAGUACAACCGUCAACGUCGCGAGGUUAUUCUUGAUAGGCUGAUAUGGAGUACGCAGUUUGAGAACUUCUUGGCCACUAAAUGGACGACAGCCAAGAGGUUUGGACUGGAAGGUGCAGAGACAUUGAUCCCUGGCAUGAAGGAGAUGUUUGAUAGGUCUGCAGAUCUCGGUGUGGAGAGUAUCGUUAUUGGAAUGCCACAUAGAGGAAGAUUAAAUGUACUUGGAAAUGUGGUAAGAAAGCCUCUUCGCCAGAUAUUCAGCGAGUUUAGUGGUGGUACGAAACCUGUUGAUGAGGUUGGGCUCUACACGGGUACUGGUGAUGUCAAAUAUCAUUUGGGAACUUCUUAUGAUCGUCCGACUAGAGGCGGAAAGAGAAUUCAUUUGUCUCUGGUUGCAAAUCCUAGUCAUUUGGAAGCUGUGGAUCCUGUUGUUAUUGGAAAGACUAGAGCUAAGCAGUAUUACUCGAAUGAUCUGGACAGGACAAAGAACAUGGGAAUUUUGAUUCAUGGUGAUGGUAGCUUUGCUGGACAAGGUGUAGUGUAUGAGACUCUGCAUCUGAGUGCACUGCCAAAUUACAGCACUGGUGGGACUAUACAUAUUGUGGUGAACAACCAAGUAGCUUUCACAACAGAUCCUCAGGCAGGCAGGUCUUCACAAUAUUGUACCGAUGUUGCAAAGGCCUUGAAUGCCCCAAUCUUCCAUGUAAAUGGAGAUGAUGUGGAGGCCGUUGUUCAUGCUUGUGAACUUGCGGCUGAAUGGCGUCAAACUUUUCACUCCGAUGUUGUUGUAGAUUUAGUUUGUUAUCGCCGUUUUGGCCAUAAUGAGAUUGACGAGCCAUCUUUCACUCAGCCCAAAAUGUACAAGGUCAUCCGGAGUCAUCCCUCAGCUCUUCAGAUAUAUCAAAACCAAAUCUUAGAAUCUGGGCAGGUCACUCAAGAAGAUAUUAGUAAGAUAAAUGAGAAGGUCAGCGCAAUCCUGAAUGAAGAGUUUCUGGCCAGCAAAGAUUAUGUUCCUAAAAGAAGAGACUGGCUUGCCUCUCAUUGGACUGGAUUCAAAUCACCUGAGCAGGUUUCACGCAUCCGAAACACUGGGGUCAAACCUGAGAUAUUGAAGACUGUUGGAAAAGCAAUUACUUCUCUUCCAGAAACUUUUAAGCCUCACAGAGCUGUGAAGAAGGUUUAUGAGCAACGUGCCCAGAUGAUAGAAACAGGGGAAGGCAUUGAUUGGGCUGUUGGAGAAGCCCUUGCUUUUGCCACAUUGUUAGUAGAAGGUAACCAUGUUCGAUUGAGUGGUCAGGAUGUCGAAAGAGGAACAUUUAGUCAUCGCCAUUCCGUGAUUCAUGAUCAAGAAACUGGGGAGAAGUACUGCCCUCUUGACCAUGUUGUAAUGAACCAAAACGAGGAGAUGUUUACCGUCAGUAACAGCUCUCUGUCAGAAUUUGGUGUGCUUGGAUUUGAACUGGGUUAUUCUAUGGAAAGCCCAAACUCACUGGUUAUCUGGGAAGCCCAAUUCGGUGACUUUGCUAAUGGUGCUCAAGUGAUAUUUGAUCAGUUCUUGAGUAGUGGCGAGUCAAAAUGGUUGCGUCAAACUGGUCUGGUUGUGCUUCUUCCUCAUGGAUAUGAUGGCCAGGGUCCUGAACAUUCAAGUGCCCGAUUAGAGCGCUUCCUACAGAUGAGUGAUGACAAUCCCUAUGUCAUUCCUGAGAUGGACUCGACUCUGCGUAAACAAAUUCAGGAAUGCAAUUGGCAGGUUGUGAAUGUCACAACUCCUGCAAAUUACUUCCAUGUUUUGAGGAGACAGAUACACAGAGAGUUCCGUAAGCCCCUUAUCGUAAUGGCCCCCAAAAAUCUGCUUCGUCAUAAGGAUUGCAAAUCGAAUCUCUCAGAGUUUGAUGAUGUCAAAGGCCACCCUGGUUUUGACAAGCAAGGAACAAGAUUUAAGCGUCUAAUAAAGGAUCAGAAUGCACACUCUAAUCUCGAGGAGGGCAUCAGACGCCUGGUUCUCUGCUCCGGAAAGGUCUAUUAUGAGCUUGAUGAAGAACGCAAGAAGGCUGGUGCAAAGGAUGUUGCUAUUUGUAGGGUGGAACAAUUGUGCCCGUUCCCAUAUGACCUCAUUCAGCGUGAACUGAAACGAUAUCCAAAUGCCGAGGUUGUUUGGUGUCAGGAGGAGCCAAUGAACAUGGGUGGAUACAACUACGUAGCACCUCGUCUUUGCACAGCCAUGAAGGCACUCGACAGAGGCACCAUAGAUGACAUCAAGUAUGUGGGCCGUGCUCCCUCUGCAUCCACCGCUACUGGUUUCUACCAAGUCCACGGGAAGGAACAGUCGGAGUUGGUGCAGAAGGCGAUCCAACAAGAACCACUCCAUUCCCCUGCUCAAAUUGUGUAA